AUGAAAGCGUUGGUGGAUGCUUUAUGGGCUGUGUGGAGCAUCGGGGCCUCUAUCUAUGACUACAUCCACACCAACGCUAUGGAGGAGCGCAUCCACGCCCUGGAGAACGUCAUCUCCAUCCACCAGUGUGUGAUAGGACUGCUGUCCACCGGCAUUUUGGUGCUCUUCACCUACAUCCUCUUCAAGAGGGUUUGA